AAGAAGCGUCUGUGCUGCUGCCCUGACGCAUACUGGUAUGUAACAAAGUGACGAAUCAAAAGAGGAGUGAACUUCAGCUAAACGAGACGAGCGAAGGGCGUGUGUGAUAGUCGAUCUCGCGGGCGACAUCUGGACCCGACUCAUGUAGGCUAUUAGUAAUACUGGACCCAGGCCAAUGAGACAGAUCAGCUUUAUUAUAACAAGUGAAAUGCAAAAAUGUGAUCUUGGCCUGUUGCUCCGCUCGAUAGGAGAGCAACCGCUGCCGCUGCGCUGAUGACAGACUUCAUGACGGCGCUCCCGGUGAUCUUCGUCCAGCUCAAAUACCCCGGAGUGCAGCGAGUGAGAGGUGUCCAGUUCCAGUCGACCUGUAACCUGUGCCGAGAGAGCCACAAAACUCAGGUGUGGCUUUGUUUCUUAGUUCUGAGCUGCUUGAGUAUUUCGAUGUGUGCUGCUUCGAAAGAUGACACAGCAAAGUUACACUUUUGCCUGAACAAGAUAAAACACACCAUUGAGAAAUCUGAUGCUAUGCUGUACGCUCCGUCAAUUAAUGACAUUGAAGAAAGCUGUGAAAGAGCGUCACUAAAAUGUUACGUGCAAGAGUUGAUGAUGGUCCUCACUGAAGAGGAGGAGGUUAAGGAUAAUAAAGUACAAUGCAUCCUUAAUUUCAAUGAAAAACUAAAUCCCAACUCUGUGGGCUGUCUGCCAUGUGAAGCAUACUCACUUCAAAAUAUUACAAUAUUCCUGGACAGACUAAAUAACCUUUUGGAAAAAAUGACUUCACAGGAGAAAAUGUAAUGUGAUGUAAAUACUUUUAGCUACAAAUGUGUAUUUGUAUAUAUUUGUAAAGAAUUGUGACUGUUUUUAUUUUGUAAAUAUCUCAUUGUGACUGUCCGCCUGUAACAAACCAUGCCGUCCUUGAGUCCAUAUGAAAUGUAAUGUAAAAUUUGAGUUGUAAAAAAAGUUUAAAUGUACAGGAUGACGGUUCUACAUCAAAUUCUAUCGUUUGUUUUAACUGUAUAGAUGAAGUCACUGUCUGUCACAAUUUGCCUUUCAGUUGUACAGUCUUGAGAAAUGUAUUAGAAAGUAGCAAUACAGUAGCAGCAUGUACUGUAUAUAAAGAAUGUAUAAUAUUAUUAAGCUCCCUGCUAAACACUACUAAAUGUAAUACCUGAUAUACAGUAUAUGUCCAAAUGAAAUGCUUUAUCACAACUAUUUCCACUAUCUGCUCACUCCAGUAAAUAAUAUUUUACCUAGUCUCA